UUUUUAUAUUAUUGUAAUUGUUGGGUAUUGUUAGCACCCUUGAAAAUAAUCAUUAAUGCUUAUAGACGAUUAAAUGUGGAAUAUUUAAAAUCAACAUUAAUCUUUUCGUAAAAUAUUUUAAUUUUUGGUUGGCUGGCAGUUGUGCGGCGCACGCGCUCAAAGAUGCGCAACAACCCCGUGUGAGAACGCCAUUGUUGGACGAUACAUUUUCAGACUAUUCCCUUUUUAUUUUAAAAUUUAAAUAAACUGGCUCCUUGCUUAUCAUAAACUCUUGGGGUUCUAGUUUUAGUGGACUGUGUGGAGUGCGUGCAAUAGUGGCAGUGCCGAGAAUUUGGACUCGGAAACGGUGCAAAAGCGGCCGCAGCCAAGAGAAAUCGGCACAAAGACUACCAGAAACAGUCAAUGUCAGCAGGCGUGCCAGAUCAGCGGAUGAAAGGACAGGGCAACCAAGUGUCCAAUGGUGCUAAAGAGCAGCUAGGAGGUGGUGAAGGCAGCAAUACUGCUGUUGGUACAGAAGAGUUUGAGCCAUGGAGAAGUCAGCAGCAACAGGCACAGCAGCAGAGCUCUGCAAAUGCCGCAGCAGCUCAUACACCGUAUGGAGCAUCUGUACCUAUCUCCAGUGCAACCGAUAUUUACAACAUGAGCACAGGUUAUUACGGCAGUGGGGGAACUUAUCCUUAUCAAGCUUACGGAGUGGGAGAUGGAACAUGGUCCAAUGGGACAGAUCCAGUGACGUUUCUAAGCGGAUAUCCACACGAUUCUUACUCGAUGGAUGGUGUGUUCGGCCCGCCGUCGACGACGUUCUCCUCCCCAGCGGCGUUCGGUCAGCCGCCUCCGCCGCCACCGACACACCCGUCCAGCUUCAACUACUUCCAUCCGAACAAUGGAGGCGGCGCGACCGCAGCAGCCACCGGGCCUCCGCCUCCUGCGCCCCCCUCCGCAGCAGAUUACGGAGGGUGGGGCGGCCAGUUGGCAGCUGCCGCGGCAGCGGCCGCAGCUGCAGCCGCCGCUAGUCACCAUAGAACCAAGUACGCGGAUCUAGAUUAUUAUAGGGACCAUCACCAGCAGAAUGUGUAUGCUGCCGCGGCAGCAGCGGCCGCACAUCAAUCGAUGCCCGCCGUUGAUGCCGUGAAACAAGUCGAACAGGCGAUGCAGAAUCUAGAUCUGAAGUCGUCAGUGGAUUCGAAAGAUUCGUUGGGCAGCCAACCGAAAAAGACGACUUGGGCAAGCAUAGCCAGUCAGCCAGCCAAACCGCAGCUAACCAUCCAGAGUCAAGGACUGAAGAAGAAAGGACCAGGCAUGCCACCAGGACCAAUUGUUCCUGGGAAACAUAACAUGGACAUUGGAACCUGGGACACGGGAGGCGGAAAAAGCACCCCAAGCGUCAGCAGUAUUAGCAGCGCUGUGAGCAGUAGCUCCGCCUCCGCUAGCGUAGUAUGCCCGCCGCAGGCAACUGCCCCCGUGCAAAUGCCUCCUCCGGCGAUGAAACCUACUGGAGGCAGCGCCAGCACUGGAGGCGGUUGGCCCGCCGGUGGAAACCGCUCUGCCAAUAGCGGGGCCGGUGCUGCCCCACCGCCGUAUCAGCCGAGGGGUCAAGCAGGCACGACGGGGCUGCCUCAACACCCGCCCCCGUACCAGCCGGGACCGCCACCGCCGUACGCGCCGCCACACCAAGGCAUGCAUCAGCCGCCCCCGCCGCAGCAUCAUCAUCAGCAGCAUCAUGUGCAGGGUAUGAUGGCGAGUGUGGGUGGUGGAGCGACGAAUUCUAUGGCAGUUUUGAUGACAGCUCAGGCUCAACAUCAUCAGCAACACGUUACCACUCAGCAGAUGAUGCAUCAACAUCCACAGCAUCAUAGCCAACAGAUAUCGCCGGUGUCGCCAAGCUUGCCCCAAACUCAUCCGGUUCUGGACGAAUUGAAGGUGAAGAACAACUACAAUCCCACCGAGUUCGAUCUGACAGCUCCAAAUGCGAGGUUUUUCGUCAUCAAAUCCUAUUCAGAAGAUGACAUUCAUCGCAGUAUCAAGUACGAAAUCUGGUGCAGCACUGAACAUGGCAAUAAAAGACUUGAUCAGGCAUUCAGAGAGCGUGAAAAUAAUGGUGGUGGUCCCAUCUACCUGUUCUUUAGCGUGAACGGUAGCGGUCACUUUUGCGGUAUGGCUCAAAUGGUUUCUCCAGUUGACUAUAACGCCAGCAGCUCUGUUUGGUCGCAAGAUAAGUGGAAGGGACAGUUUAAGGUGCGUUGGAUAUACGUGAAAGACGUCCCGAACGUGCAGUUGCGCCACAUCAAGCUAGAAAACAACGACAACAAGCCGGUGACAAAUUCUAGGGACACCCAGGAGGUGCCACACGCCAGAGGUCUUCAGGUUCUUAGGAUCAUGCACUCCUACAGGCAUUCCACUUCCAUUUUUGACGAUUUCAUACAUUACGAAAAGCGUCAAGAAGAGGAGGACAGCCGCAAGCAGCCAGGCAGCGGCAAGGGCGGCGACCGAGACCAACAUCACGACGGGGGCCCGCCGAUGAGUCACCACCAUCCCCCCUCGCACCACAGCGGGCACCGAGGGGGCAAUAGGGGCGAUAGGGGAGGGGAUAGGAACAGCUAUCACGAUCAUCGAGGAGGCGACGCGCCGCCCAUGCAGGGACACCAAGGGGGCGGUCACCAUAUGGAUCAGAUGAACCAUCGAGGUGGAGGCGGUCAUCACAGGGAUCAGGAGCACCAGGGUGGCGGAGGACAUAGGAGGGAUCGAGGUGAUAACAGGAGAGGGGGCCCCAGAGGCGGAGGAAACAGGAAUUAGAAGAGAAACAAUUAACGUGCUCCAAUAUAGAAAGAAGCACCAUGUCUCUCUUCUUUCCGAAUUUACCCUAUUUUCCUUUUUUUUGCGGGCUAGCUUUUUUACAUGCAAUUUUCUUCGUUUAGUAUCAUAACAUUCACACAUACACACAUAAUUUUUUUCCCUAAAAUAUGUACUGGGUUUGUCAUGACGAUUUGAGUUCGCAGCAUAGACCUUGCCAAAAAUCAAGACAAUGAUAGUGGACUCUUAUUUAUUUUUCAUGUUGCACCCGAAUUUGGCAGUAAAAUAUUAUUUUUUACUAUUUUGUCACGUUUCCAUCUUUAUUCGAUUAUCUUGAAUGUAUUUGAUAUCUAUUUAUACAGCAUUUCCUGUAAAAGCUGUAUUACCUUGUUUACUUGAAUAAGUGUCAAACUAAUUUAGAAUAUUCUUACAAUAAAUAUAAUUCGGCGGCCACGUUCUGAUUCAGUAUUAAAAGUACGUUUUUUCUAGAUUUUUUGACAAUAUCCAUUCAUGGCACAUCUUUUUAAGUUCUGUAUCGACUCUCUUUGUCAUGAUGACUUUCACAAUAAUUAGUAAAAUGAGUAAAACUUUAUGUGAAAAACAACAGUUUUUAGUUUAAAUAAGGGUAAUUAUUUGCAAGGGACUCACGAAUGUAAUGCAUCAUCCAAACACUGUGUCAAGAAAUUCAUCUUUUCGACAUGAACGCAGCUGCAAAGUCUGAAUUAUCAAAAUAGUUUAGUUAGUUUCUAACAAAUUGGUGUCAAAAUUGGUGAUUUUCUUGAUGUAGUAGCAUAGGACUCGCAUUGAUUAUCCACCUACUUUCAGUCUUAGACUUCUUCCACUCAGCAUUUUUUCUCAAUUUGUCAAAGCACUAGUCUAGGGACUAAAAGUAUGAAGAAUUAUUUUUAACUCAUAUAACGCUAGUAGUAUUGUUGGAUGUGCUUGCUUUUGCAAAAUGGUAGAAAAAUUAAUACCUUGAGUUUUUAACACUGGUCUCUUGUUUUUUGAACAAACAAGUAGUGGCAUUUUUUUGUCUUAUGUGUCACAUUUCAUAUAAUUGAUAAAAAUGAUAGUCUACAUACCUUUAGUCGCUAGUAAAAUGCGUAUUUAUUGUUUUCCGCCUAUAAUAUGUUGUAGCUUUUCCAUAAAACUAACCACAAGUUUGGUGAAGAAAAAUUAAUGCAAGAGAGAGAGAUAGAGAUAUAGAUUUCUACACAUUUUUUAUAUUAAACGCAUUCAUAAACGUUUUUUGUGUGAGCCUUGACGAGAAACGAAAAAUUAGAAUUCCAAUUUGUAUCCUGAUCUUGCUGUAUUCAAUGUGUGUGGAUUUUCUUCAAACUCAGUAUCAAUUUAUAUGCGUUCGUGACUAUCAAAGUGCGUAAAGUCUGUGUUCAUUUUAUCAGAGGUUUUUGCCAAAGCCUGAUGGAACGGAUUUUUUUUUCACUUCGCACGAGGUUUGUAUAAAUUUUAACGAUUUUCAUUUUUUUAAAGUUGCUAACUUGAAUGCUGCAAACGCGUUCCUUCACUUUAAGCCUUCGUGUGAGGACUACUUAUAUUCCUUGACAGUCUUGACACAUGUGAGUGGUCAAGGGAUAAGAUGGGCUUAUUUGAUAUGAAGCAUCCUCAUUGCUUAGAAUGAUCUGCAUGCAUUUAUUUCUCCAUAUUUUUCUGGCAGUCAAAUGUAACGACAUUGGUAGAAUUGACUGUUCAUUGACGUUUCGGCCGCCUCAGUGGUAUUUUUGAAGGUUGUUGCUGAAACGUAAGUAAACAUGCAAUUCUACAUAUGUGGUUUCAUUUAACGAUCGAUAAGCAGAGAUGAUAAGACCGCCUUUUUAAUGAUAAUGAGCGUUUGGGCGAGUUGGACAACAUAAAUUGGAUUCUAAACAAGCGUCAGGUUCUUGGGUAAAGCGACAGACUUUACGUAACUUUGUACCUACAUUAAACCAUUUUGAAAGGUAUAUGGAUUAAAGAAUAGUUUAUGGUAAAUAAAUUUAUAGUUGUAUAAUAAUGAAAAAAAGAGUAUGCGCAGCCCACUAUUCGGAUCGGGCGACGAAAGAUGAUAUAAUUAUUGUAUAAAAGAAAAAGAAAUGAUUGUAAUAGUGCAGUGUUUUCGUUUUUUUCAAUAGCGGACUCUACAAAUGGAUUUUUAAAAAGACACUCUGAACAGUUAUUCAAUAUUACAUAUGGACUGAAAUUUGAAUUUUCGCGCGAAAGUGUUAUUUUUUGGAUAUUACACGGGAGUUUUAGUGAAGUGAUGAACUAAUAUCGCCAGGACUUUAAUAUUAUCUUCUUGGACACAGUGUAACAGUGCAUUGGACUAUACAGCGUAUAUUCUGUCUAUAGGAUUGUUGAAUAACCAUAGAUGAUAUUUUAUCCACGUUGUAAUAUUCGUCAUUUGUAGACACUAAUAUUAAAAAAAAUAGUGUAGUUGAAUUAAAGUCCGAGAUGAUUGAAUCUUUUGGACGUAUUCAGAAAAAAAAAAUAAUGUGACGUCUUAUAAAAAAAUGCCCUAAUAUAUAUAUACCCCUCAAAGAUGUCACUAGAAGUAACUUAGGAGAUUCUGUAAAAUUCGACAAUUUUUGACAAAAUAGUACAUGAUAUGAUGGUGUCCAUACAAAAUAAUUGCCUUUUUAAAUUCAUAGAAUUACUAAUCUUAACGCAGAAUUGCUAAUUUUUGCGAGUAUAUAAAAUGGAAUAAUGAAAAACGUGAUGACCAUUAUACUGUGGAUAAAAUGUGCCUGUGACAAUUCAAAUAAUGUCCUGUUCACAGUUAAAUUGGCCUUCUAGUGUUUUGUUAAAGAACAAUCCGUUUUGAAACACAACCUUUUCAAAUUAAAUCAGUUUGUAUUUUGUGUGUACAGUACAAGACAAUGGACGACGAGCCGGAGUUUAAUGCAUCUUUAUAGAAUGAGAUGAAAAUGUUAUUUGUUGAAUCAUAACUAUGAAUAUAGGUUUAAAAUACGUAAAAUAAACACGGUCAGUCUAAUAGGGAGUAACUUAAAUGUGUCAACUAUAUUUUUAUUUUUCAUGUAUAUUGUACAUGAAAAUGUUAUUAUAUUUUUCUAAUUUGAUACAUCUGUUAUGGGUGACUCAUAUAGUGAUACUUUAAUCAAAGGCUUAAAAUUAAAGAAAAAUAAUCUGUCUGUCAUCCAUCGUUGAGGUGACACGUCCCUUUUUUAGAUUUUUUUCAACUACCUGUUUGCAGCAGUAUUCUAAAUCCUUUUCAUCUGAUAAUUUCACGGUGUGUAUGUAGAUGACUAAAAAAUAAUGUUUUAAUUUGUUGGUCAAAAGAUGCAUUUUUCGUGUAUUUUUUCUUCAACCGGAACUUGUUAACAAAUAUAAGUACAGCUCUGAAAUUGUGUGUGAACAUUCCUCUUUUGUGGAAGAAUGAAACAAGUGAUUACUUUUGUUCUUAUCACUUUUGCUCUUCGAAAAAUCCUUGAUUUUCUUGAAACCUCGUCUCGCAGCAAGUUGAGUUUUUAAGAAAUGAGAAAAAGUGAUAAGAAUAAAAUUAAUCACGUGUUUCAUUAAUCCAUAACAUUGCGCGCGAAGUCAUCAUUCCGAAUUUUAAGAUGGCACCAGUCAAAACCAGCAUAGUCCAGAACCGCAUAUGGUAGCGAUUCCCGUCCCCAAAAAGGACAUCCAUCGCCAAAACCCGAAAACCCACCCAAAAUUGUUGUGCUGUGUAUAUUGUCAUUGCCCUGAAAAAGAUAACCUUUGUGAUUGAAAUAUUUACAGUAAAGAAGAUUCUAUCAAUACAUGUGGUGUUAUUGGCCAUACAACCAUGGGAGAUUAUUGAAAAAAAAAACAAUAUUUUGAAUAACAAAAUUCCCUAUUAGACUAGACUUCAUACAUCAAACCAUACAACAUGCUAUGUUCAUAUAAUUUACUCAAAUUUGGUAUGCUUUCUGUCACUAAGUUAUUGGCAGUUCAUUUUUACUUUGAAUUUGUUAUAUUGUACAUAUUUAAAUACUGUAAAUGAAAACUGUACAUUAAAAGAAACAAAGAUAUGUUAGUAUUUGUAGGUGCUAUUAUAUGUUAUUAUGGUUGUAAAAUUGUAUCAAUUUUUUUGUUAAUCCUGAGAACGUAAUGACGAGGAAAAUGUGUAGUUGGUGACUGUAAAUUACAUAAAUAAAUUUAUCAAAUGAAGCUGAUUGCAGUAGUACAUUGUGCGAACUGAACAUGGCAUGAGGUUUUAUUUUUUUACGUAUACAUUUGUACACUGGGUGCCUAUAAAUACAGAGUGUUUCAAAAACAGCAAUUGUACUAGAGCUGAUUGCUUGGACUAUUGUACCUUUGAAAGGAAAAUCCUCUAAUUUUAGAAUACCCAAAAGAGUCACCAUUUGAAUUUUUCAGCAUGUUUUGAUAACACUUUGUAUAAAAUGUGUAAUUACGCUGAAAAUAUACUGACGACUGAUCAUGUUACAAUUAAUUAUAUGCAUUAAAACUAUGUUUUAACAAUAUUAAUAAAAUGUUUGUGCAUUUGUUGAUUGUGUAUUGCACGUCAUUCUCAUUGUGAGUGAUCCGAAAAGUGGGCCCCACCCCUUUGUUGAUAGCUCCACCAAUAAAUAAUUAUAAAUAA